UGCACGUCGUUCUCGUGUGCUGGCUUCAGUAGAACACGUGUGUCUGGCCUUCGUUGAGAAGGAACCACUAUUGUCAUUGCGUGAUACUGGCAUUGAACUUUUCAUUGGAUUGUCUAUUUGGUAACGUAGCAUAUAGCUGAAGUGUUAACAUAGGUCAUUGAUACGUUAUAUUAGAAAUUGUCUCUAAACUAGUAGGAGGUCCAUUGAUUUUGUUGGAGGGCUUUUCUUAGUUGGUGGAAGUGUACAAAUUCCCUACUAGUAGACUAUCCUCUUAUUUUUGUAAAUUUGAUUACGAAAAGGCUUGACAAUGCCCGUAAAAAUUGCAUGGUGUGAGAAUCUGACAUCUACGUCGUUUGGUCCAGGUUCAAUGAAUUCUAGAUCUGAAAUUUGACCCAGUCUGAGCAUCAAGAAAAUCAAUAUUCCUAGGUAGACAUUUCGCUAUUCAGUUCAUUGUGAUACCAAUAUUCCUCGUCUUCGUGGAGCAGGCGUCGCAGACCUCCUGUAAUAAUUUCAGAUGGAAUAAUGCUAUCGUGACUAUCUGUGUUCAACAAUCGAAUAAAAAAUUGCAUUAUAAAAGAUAUCUGCAGCCAGCUUCCAAGACAACGCUGUCUCUUUAUCGUUCCUCCGUUUGUUGAUGUACGUUUAACCAUCAUUCUUCAUCGGCGCUUGGAAGUAACGUUAGUUCGACAACAUCUACCAGGAUGACGCCAUAUCACAUCCUAUUCCUGGUCCUUUGCUUCCUACGAUGCGUGGUGCUAGCGUCCUACCCUCCUGCAGGAGUCACGUCAUAUUCCUCAGCAGCAGGUACAUCAUACCCCCCCGCACGAGGCAUGUCGUACGCCCCUGCGAGUUCCCCGCCCCAGCGCUACGGUCAGGUUAAAAAGUCGGAGAAAUUCAUGCCCGCGGAGCACGGAGAGACUCCUACCUGCGUGAAGGAUGCGCGCCUCACCUUCUGCACCGAUCCUGAUGAUUAUCCUAGGGACCGCAUCAGAUACCUCCUGGAGCAGAAUAUGUUCGACAUUUCCUCGGUGCUCAUGGACGAAACUCGGGACACUUACACCUUCGAAGCAAUGGAUCCCCCCAGCUUGUACGAGCCCCCCCACGGGUACCUGCCCCCUCCCCCCAUGGUGGGGUACAGCAACGCCUCCUCAGCCUACGUCGACCCUAAGGCCUACAGACAUAGGUCUACUAAGAUAUUAGGACCCUACUACCGUGCUGGAAGUUCCUCCUUCCCAACCUACCUCAGGGCUUCUCCAACUUUUUUGUCUUACCCCAGCAAAGACCCCGUCAAAGCCCACGCUUGGUGGCUCAAAACCUCGAAUGCAGGUAUGCGGUACCGACGUCAGGUGGUGUCAGACGAGGGGGACACGAUGGACCUCUGCCCCAGCAGAGCGAACUAUAUCAUGCCCAAGGCAGCGCAGAGCAUAUCUGGGGAUUGGAUGUUCCUUGUGAACCUGGAGGAGAACCCGCGCUACACGCAACUGGUGCGCUCCGAGACCUGCUUACGGAACCAGUGCUCGGGGGCGUGCCAGGUUCCUCCAGGAGCGGUCGCGGUGUGUCAGCAGCAGUUCGCCCAGAAGCGCCUGGUCGCAUUGGACGGCACGGGAGAGCAGCUCAGUCAGAACAUCUUCUGGUUUCCUUCUUGUUGUGUCUGCAAAAUUAGGCGAUAAAAUCUUCCUAGAAUAUAAUAAAUUUCGUAGCUUGUAAUAACUUUAUGUAUUGUAGUGGGUGAACGUUCGUAGUUGUUUAGCAAGUUUAAAUGUUGUAGCCAUUGUAUUAUUAACGUAAGCUGAUCCAAAUCUUGUCUGCCAAUGAGCAUACGAGUUAUCUUUGUAUCGAGCUACCGAAUAUGCAUGUAAUAGUCGUGAUAUCCACGUAAUUUAAUAGUUACGAUCGAGAAUCUGCAAAUAAAGUUGAUAUUUUUCGUCUGUACCGAGACUGCAACCACUAUUCCUGAGAGAUGGGUGCUGGAAAACUUUUAGUCACUUUUGCAUUGAUAGUUCUCAUCGUUAACCCUUCUAUAUAGGAAUAACUACAUUAGUCUAUCAUUGGUGACUUAACUAUAUCCUCAUUCUAUCAUUGGUCAGAACCAAUGACAUCGCCUAGUUCAAGCCUCACUCUAAAGACGUAACCACAUUGUAUUCUGACUUUGCUGAAGUCUCGUGACGUUCUUACUGAAACUUUUGGAUUUAAUCCUUCAAUAAUUAUUUAUUUUAAGGUUCUGUGUUAAAUGUAUAUGUCCUGAAUGUGUUUUUAAUGUAAGCGAAUAUUUUUCCCUAGCCGGAAGCGAGGCAUGUAUAUUAUUAUGAAUUAGAUUUCGGUCGGUAGGGAUGAACCUGCUUGUAAUUGAUCAAUGAACUUCCGUCAUUUAUUGUAGAUUCCCAAUGAGAAUUAUCAAUUAAUAACUCUGCGAGAAGCGCACUACUUACAUUUCACUACCGCUUACAAACUUGCACACUUUCUAGCUUUGAUUAAUGAGUUUGUUCCAGUGUUCUAUUCUUUAUUCAUCAGAUGCCUUUUAAACAGUUUAUUCACGAUCAAAAUUAGAAUGUUUUUUUAGAAAUGAUUAAUAAAUUUAUUCCAAUGCCUAAUUUUAUCUGUGGGAAUUUUAACGGGUUUAAUCAGUCACAUUGGUCAGAUUUAUGGAAAGAUUUGCCUUCUACUGCUUAUUGUGUUAUGGAGCACCGAAAUUAAUAUUCUUCAAGUUGUGCACUAAUUAGUCAUUAGUGUUUAGCAGUGGUUACUCACAUCUGAACUUGCAUUACGUAAAUGAGCUGCCUCAUUAGGAAGAGUUUGCCAACUUGUACAGAUGUAUUUAGUAGCUCUGUUCUGUUGACGGACGUGACCCGUCAACUCUUGUUGACAGGCGGGAACCGUCAACCUGUGUUGAAGGACGUGACCUGUCAACUCGUGUUGAAGGACGUGACCUGUCAACUCGUGUUGACGGUCGCUGUGAACAUUGCGAGGCUGUAACGUAGGCACCGAAUCUUUGACAUGAUUCAUUUCUUUAAUGUCCUAAUAUUUUUUGUCACCAUUAAGAUCGAAAUAUUUUUGUGAGCGUUAAAUGCAUCUGCUAAAGUUGCACUUCUCUAUUUCGAUGAGUAACAAGGAUGUUGAACGCAACUUGAGAGGUUGCGUCGCUCAUUCCGUGAAGAUACCCGUAGGGAAGGAGAGAUCAGACGUCAUUCAAUUUGUAUGAAUGAUAUGCAAUAGGAAAUGUUAGUUCCAUCCAACCAUCCUUUUGCAACAAUAUCAUGCAUGUGCAAUCGCGUGGUGUCUGUCCAAUUCAUAAAUUAUUUCUCGCGCCGCAGGUUCUGUUGAUGUGUGAAGCGGUUUCUUUUAAAUCCUGUCUUCAACUGUUCUUAUUCAAACGUAACGUCAUCUUAUACGUGUAGUUACAGAGCCUUCCUAAGCUAUUAUAUAAUUGCGCUUAACAAGUGAAUAAAUGAAUAAGAAUAGUUCCGUUUCUUGUUCAUUUUCUAGCAUAAAUACAGAAAUUAUUGUACAAUAAGUACGCAACUGUGUGAAAUGUUGGUAAACAAUUUUAAUGUUCUAAUAAAGUGAAUCGAGAA